AUGACUAAGCUUGAAAUCAUUCCUUGUACCGUACUCUUGGAGACCCUAUUUCUUGGGAAGAAAUUCAGUAAAAGAAUUCAAUUUUCCCUACCCAUCCUCCUUAUGGGUGUUGGGGUUGCAACAGUCACAGAUUUGCAGUUGAACGCUCUGGGAUCUUUCUUAUCUCUUCCGUCCGUGAUUACAACAUGUGUUGCUCAGAUUAUGAAAAACACUAUCCAGAAGAAGUAUAAGGUUUCUUCCACCCAGAUUCUAUAUCAAUCAUGUCCAUACCAAGCUGCAACCUUGUUAAUCUCUAGUCUGUAUCUGGAUAAACUUUUGACUAGUCAAAAUGUAUUUGCUUUCAAGUACACAACACAAGUGACGAUUUUCAUAGUUCUUUCCUGCCUCAUCUCAAUUUCUGUCAAUUUUAGCACAUUUCUCGUAAUUGGAAAGACAUCUCCAGUCACCUACCAGGUUCUUGGACACCUGAAGACAUGCCUUGUAUUGGCAUUUGGUUAUACUUUGCUCCAGGAUCCAUCCAGCUGGAGAAACAUCAUGGGUAUUUUGUUGGCCAUGGUUGGGAUGAUUUUAUAUUCUUACUAUUGUACUCUUGAGAAUCAGCGAAAAGCCAUUGAAGUUGUCGCACUAGCAUCCCAGACAAGGGAAGGUGAAUCUGAUACUCUCAUUAAUUUGGAAAAAGGAAGCAACGUUGUGCCUGAUAGUGUUGGACAUAUGUCCCAUGUAUGGAGCAAAGACAAAGACUAA